CACUGAAGGUUCUGUGAGUCUGUGGACUAGCUACAGAUCGGUUAGUGUAGGUCUAUUUCGCCUACACUACCUCCAGGUCCCUGCGCCUCCUCCAACAUGUGUCCACACACUAAUGUGCUAUGGCGCGCAUUACCAAGGAUGCAUAAAGGCAGAGGACAGUACGCGCCCCUGGAUGCGAGCUGCUGAAGUCGCAGCCACUCCACUCCAUGUUUUGCCCUGCCCUUGUGCGCUCUGCUCGCUGUGCAGCGUGUGUCUCGGCUGCAUUUCUCAACUGACACGAACACAGGGCUGCUGUGUGUGCGGGAGAAGUUGUUGGCACAGAGAGCACCAGGUAGUCUUCAAAAGGAUUUCGUUCAAGCUGGGAGCAAUCGGACUCGCCGGGUUCUUUUUCUUUUCGAGGGGAAGAUACGAAGCUUUUGCAAUGAGGUGGACGUGCAGUAUCUAAAGUGAGGAGUGAUUUUUUUCCCCCUGUUUUUCUUUUAAACAACACCUGACAUCCUGCUCACUGGAGAAAUCUUUUAAGCCUUUGGAUUUCUUUUUUUUUCUGACGGAGCUCGUAUUGCCCUGUGAAACAUUAUCAAGGAUUUCACUGAUGUAUGCGAUGUGGAGGCUGCAAGUCGCCUUAUGUACUCUGUCGGUGCUGUUCCUGUCAUCUGCUGGUGAAAGCAAAGCGCGGAGCUGUAGCGAGGUUAGGCAAGCUUAUAACGUUAAAGGAUUCAGCCUCGUCAAUGUACCUCAUCAGGAAAUAUCAGGUGAGCACCUGCGUGUCUGUCCUCAGGGAUACACCUGCUGCACAUCCGAGAUGGAGGACAAACUCAGCCAGCAGAGCAAACUGGAGUUCGAGAACUUGGUCGAGGAGAGCAGCCACAAUAUGAGGACGACUUUUGUCUCGAGGCAUAAAAGGUUUGAUGAGUUUUUCUUGGAGCUGCUGGACAAUUCUGAGAAGUCUCUCAACAGUAUGUUCACACGGACGUACGGGAAGCUGUAUAUGCAGAACUCGGAGGUGUUCCAGGACCUGUUCACUGAGCUAAAGCGCUACUACACAGGGGGCAACGUCAACCUGGAGGAGAUGCUGAAUGACUUCUGGUCCAGGCUGCUAGAGCGCAUGUUCCAGUUACUCAACUCCCAGUACCACUUCACAGACGACUACCUCGAGUGCGUUAGUAAAUACACAGAUCAGCUAAAGCCCUUUGGAGAUGUGCCCAGGAAACUGAAGGCCCAGGUCACCAGGGCCUUCAUCGCUGCACGGACGUUUGUCCAGGGGCUAAUGGUGGGUCGGGAGGUUGCCAACAGGGUCGCUAAGGUGAAUGUAGUUCCAGCAUGUGUCAGAGCCUUGACCAAGAUGCUGUACUGUCCAUACUGUCGCGGCAUGCCUGGGCUGAAACCCUGUCCCAACUACUGUCACAACGUUAUGAGGGGCUGUCUAGCAAACCAGGCAGACUUAGAUGCUGAAUGGAACCUCUUCAUCGAUGCGAUGUUACUGGUGGCAGACAGACUGGAGGGACCCUUCAACAUUGAAGCAGUUAUAGAGCCAGUUGACAUCAAGAUCUCUGAGGCUAUCAUGACCAUGCAGGACAACAGCAUGCAAGUGUCAGCCAAGGUUUUUCAAGGGUGUGGCCAACCAAAGCCAUCAGGAAUAGGCAGGUCUGCACGUGGCAUCUCCAAUGUGUUCAGUGCUCGCUUCAGACCCUACACCCCUGAAGAGAGGCCAACCACAGCAGCUGGAACAAGCCUGGAUAGACUGAGGGUUGUGUGGAGGACAAUGCAACACAGUGUGAUUGACAUCAAAGAGAAGUUGAAGGAAUCCAAGAGGUUCUGGUCCAACCUGCCAGAUGACAUCUGUGCCAAGGGCAAGCUCACAGAGUCUGACGAGGAGCAGUGCUGGAACAGCCACACUAAGGGCAGAUAUUUCCCUGAAGUGGUAAAGGAAGGUCUUACCAACCAGGUGAACAACCCAGAGGUGGAUGUGGAUAUCACCAGGCCUGACACACUCAUACGACAGCAAAUCAUGGCUCUACGUGUCAUGACCAACAAGCUAAAGAACGCCUACAAUGGAAAUGACAUCUACUUCCAGGACUCCAGUGACGAGGGCAGUAGUUCUGGCAGUGGCAGCGGCUGCUCUGACGGCUGCACAACUGAGUUUGUUUUUGUUGGAACAGAGGCUCCUGUAAUUGGAGCUGACAGAAGUGAUGAACGCGCAGCAGCCUCAGGCAAGUCACUUUCCCGCGGACCCUCCCUACUGCUGGUGAUGGUGACCCUCACACUCCCACUCUGGGCAAUGCAGACUCAAUGGAGAUAAUACAUGAAUGUGGCCUGAUCACUGACUUUUAUACUGUCACGUACAGUACAGUUUAAGAGCAAGUUCUACUGCUGUUCCCUCACUGGACAUGUAGAACCUCCUGGAAACCUGUCAAGAAUGGCUUACUAUGUGGUAUGGUAGGACUGGAAGUGAGUGCAGUGCUGCAUCCUGCUUGUCCCCCAAAGAAUGCCAUCACUGAACCAGCUUUCACAUCUCUGAAAAAAAAGUCUGAAAAAAUUGUGGUUUUUCUCAGUAUUUUAAAAACAUGCUUCUCUUUUGACAGUGAAAACAUCUGAUCUGAUUUUUCAGCUAAAGGGGAAUCUAUUUUUCUUUUCCUUUUGUAUGAUGAAGUUGUGAAAGCAAGACAACGCCCUUUUUAUUCUAUUAGUCUGUCCCCCUCAGACAAAAGGAGAAAGUCUUGCUGUGUGCAUGCGUGGAAAUGAUGUUAAGUGACAAAAAAAAAAAAAACAUUUUAUGCAGGCUACACAGUUUUGGAUUGGUUGGUAGCAGACUGUACAGUCCUAGCAGUUCACCUGGUUUCCCAUUUGGUCAUAUCAGUGUGGCUUCAGGAAGCAGCAGUUCUUACGGCCACUUUAUAGUUGCACAUUUGAUUAUCUCUAAGAAAGUGCUAAUGUACUGCACUAAGAGAACUACUUUGCACAGAUUAUUUUUGUUGGCUUCCUAAGUUUCUAAAGCUACAGGAAACAUCCACCCCUUAGAGAAAGAAGAUAUAUUUUCAGAUCAUUUAACUGAUUGUAUUGUACUUAUAAAACAGUUGCGGUAUGUAUUUCACUGGAAGGUACUGUAUUGUAAUCUUACUGGUUUAGUUAAUGGCUACAUUUUUUAAUAAAUGUAUUAUUUGUUUUUAAAAGUUAUUUGAUCACCUGUAAAAUGAAAAAAUCAAGAGUUUUCGCAAACAACACUAAGCCAUUAUACUACAAUUGCCUGCUAACAAUAUUCAGUUACCUGAUUUACUCUCUUCUGUUUGGGUACUUAACAUGCACUUAAACAGUUUUUAUUUCUCAGAGGACUCAGAGUAUAUUAGUGAUAUUAGGUAUAUGUUAAUGACAUUUUCAUUUAUUUUCUUGGCUCCCAUGCUUUAAGUAUUGAUUCUGAUUUAUUUUGUAUGUUUUCAUCCUUUGUUUAUAGUACAUAAAUGGAAGGUUACACAUUUUAACCCUCUGACAGGCUUUACAGGUUUACCCGCUCACAUUGGAGCACCUUCUUGUUUGGCCAAUCAGAACAGGCCCACCACUACAGGUUAUAGAAGUGGUUAUGUUUUCUUAAAAGGCAUGUACAAAGUCAACAACUCAAAAAAAAAGCCAGGUGCCAAGGUUAGAGGGCUCUGACUACUCGUAAAACUAGGGUUACUAUUCAUGACCUUCAUUCUAUCUCCUACAGGCUUCGACCUCUAACAGGCUCUAGAGAGGCUCAGGGAGCAAAACCAAUAGCUUGCACUCCAUCAACACAACUCGAUGGCCAUGAACUCUGGUCACACAGAAAAGGCAGGUGCCAGAAAUGUUGCAGGCAUACUGUAAAAACAAACAAAGGGGCAAAUGUUCACUGUCCUCAAAAGAGGGCAGUUGAGGCAGCCACCCUCAUGCUGGAGUGUGCCUGGAGGAUCCCAUCAGCUCAUAAGCACCUGAAAUGCUUUCACAUAGCCAAUAAGCAUGUCUCUUAUCUCAACAGGGGCCUUCCCCAAACCCAUCACUGUAACAAAUUAACAGCUGCUGUGAACAUCUCAAAGAGACUGCAUGUUUCACGUAACAUACUAAAGCGAGCAUGGGAAACAAGAGUUUCCCCUCCCUGUCGCCAGCAUGCGGGGAGAGUGAAAAUAGCAUCAUGCUGCACCCUCCAAGACCUGAAAAAAUAUUUGGCACAAAUGACGGGUGCGGGUGAAAUGCAGUGCUUCUUUGGUCCCUUCAAAUGAGCAAACAACUAGAGUAGACUGAUAUCCACAUUGCCAGAUUUGCACCAGCAACAUGGUUGUCUUCACAGACAACACCUUAUGCAAAAUCUCUCCUCAGUGGGCACAUGACUCACAAGAGAGACCCUGGAGCACCACAGGAAGCUCCCACUACAGAACAGAUGGGAAAACAGUUGACCUCUGUCGCCUCGCUCCCUGCAGAAAACGCUUUAGGAGAAGGUGACUGAACAGCAGCUUCCCACCAAAACUAGCAUGACACAAUUAAAUCACUGAUGCGUAGACCUUAAUUGUGGAAUGCGACAGGCCUCCAUCCAACCAAAGCCUGAGGAAAGACAACACUUACCAGAUCAACAUAAGGUCCUCCCCAAUGUCAAACUGUCCAGUGUACUAAAUCAAUGCAGGGACAGACAGCUCGUGCAUUUCCAUCAACAUGUAUUUGUGUACAUUUUCAAUUUGCACAUAAAAAAACUGUAGUGGGAACACCAGAAAUAAAAUAAAAAAACAAAAGCGUUUUGACUCUAGCUGAGGUGAAAAGUUGGUGUAUAGAUAAGCACAAAAUGCAACUAAGUGCAAUGGAAACAGACUUCAUAAACAGACGAAUAAAUCAUGACGUAUGUGAAGCAUGUGACUUAAACAUCAGCGGCAGCUUCCACUAAACUGAAGAGACGAAAAAUGGCGGCAAACAAAAACAUCAGAUCUGUGUGGAGUGAUGAGGAGAAUUUAACCUUUCUUAAAUUAAUACAUGAAACAAACAUAAAUGUCAUUAUUUCCAUCAUGUUUUCCACAUUGUCUUCCUUUGUUUGAGGGUUGAGUGUCGCUCUUUAAGUCAUCUCGUUGUGCCCUCUUCUUCUACAAUAGUUUAAUGGCACAGGACUGGAGACUUAGCGCUGUAACUGUUUAUCUCAAUGCACCGAACUUCUAAUAUUCACAUGACAUCAAUGCAUAGAAACAUGCAAUAUUUUGCAUUGUCUUUUGCCGAUUUUCUGAAAGUUCAGUUAAGAUUUGUUCUACAUUUUGAUAUAAACUUGACUAGAGAGGGACUAGUAUAAAGAUAACAUGAGAAACAUCACUAUCAAAAUAUCAACACCAGUUUCACAGCUGCGACAGUCACUGACGAGGACGAAAGCAGGUCAACAGUAAUAAAAUAAUAAAGGAAUUGGCCGAACGACACACAGUCCAGGUAGCUAAGAGGAAGCCAAGAAGGUCUUAGGAACGGAAGGGAACAAAAAAAAAACAGGUACUCACCAGCAAAGCCAGGCGGCAGCAUUGGGACAUGACCACCAAGAAAAUAAUCUGCAGAGAAGUGGUCACCAGUGGAAGAGUGGGAGACCUCAUUUCCUACCCCUAGGUUGCUGUCAUAAAUUGAGGGCUGGAAUGAGCUAAAAAGUGUAUGCAUUUAAUCCAACCACAUACGCCAUGUCACGGUGACACAGGAUCAAGAGGGAGAGGAGGCCAUCUUCAUUUCAGCGUAUUCCUCUCAUUGGUCCUGUGGCUCUUUCAGUCACUAAAGGAAAGUGGAUGCUUGGUUAUAAUGCAUUGAGCAUUUUUAAGAUCUGGGUCAGUGAAUCCAUUCUGAUUGGCCCAAAACAGUACAUGCAAUUAUCAGUGCAUACUGCAGGGGUGACUGAGCAAGCCUGUUGAGCCCUUUCGAGGUCAAAUCCUGUAUAAGAUAGAACCAGUGGAAACUAAACACACAUAAACACAGUUUACCCACCUCUCAAAAUCUAAAAUAGUGUUUACGCAGCUGUGUAUGCAGAAGUUACAUGGGUUACACUCUGUCGCACUUUUCUCUUGGAUAUUUUGGAUCGCUCAUGUGUCCUCUGCCGGAUCAUGCUUCUUGCUUCAUGCAUCUUCACACAAGCACAGAGAGCCUACCACCCAACUGUGUUUGGCAGAGGUUAAAACAAAUGGAUCCCGAAGUGGUGCUGUUUCAGUGUGUCAGACAGAUGAGACAGAUGGGAGGUAGUUAGACAGGAUGGACAUCCAGCAGUAACUAUUUAUAAUGUGCUGAAUAUUGAAUAAAAUACUAUUAAAGUAACUGGCUGUCAGGCCUGCUGUGCAGCAACAGUUUUCCUGAUCUGUUAGGAUUUCCCCACCCAGGAGUACAGUCCUGGAUUGCAGAUAAUUACAACGAAGGAGGUUUCAUGUAAAAAUCAUGGUCUGUUACAUGGGGCUGUUGGACUGAUGAAGCUCAGACUGAUAUUUCAAUUUCAGACAUUUACAUUUCUCAGAGAAUACAUCUACACUUGAUACAGAAUGUAUUGACUUUAGAAUUAAACACAGAUGUUUGGUCAGCACUUUUAUUUGGAUGUCAAGUGCAGUGUCAUAUUGUUCCCUAAAAUUGGAUUCAAUUCUUCAGUAACUGAGUUGCAUUCAGAUGCUCUUUGUGCUUUGGUGAUUCUCUAAGUGGUAAAUGAAAUAAAUAUACAACAGGAAGAGAAAAGAGUUGAUUAGAAGUGCAAGUUAGUGGGUUAUAUAUCGCUGCAGUCAAACACAACCAUAGAAAUUCAAGUAUUAAAAAUCAUUGUGGCGGCAGAUAUUUUUGAAGCAGGGUCGGAAGUGAGGCAGAACAAUCAGUACAGUGUGUGCUCGAUAAUGAGGCAGGAAGCUUGCCGUGUGGCUUCAGAUACUGGCAUUGUUUAAGCGUUGGCACUGCUGCCUCCGCACUGAGGCUACAACAACUAGGUUUUUCAAAGUGUAAAACUCAGUAAGCAUCUGCAGCCAUACAAAGGUCCAAUGCACCCAUAAGCACCUCUACAAGAUCUGUGAUUGCAACAAGAGUUUUGAAUGAGUGAGGAUAAGCCAGCUCUUUACUGGUGCUCCUGAAAUACAGUAAAAAAAAAAAGAGAAUCAAGGAAAGACGUAGAAGUAGGUCUAAUUUUUCCAAAGAGCUUGUAUCAGUACAAACAACAGUCUUCUCUCAUUACGACGAGAGGAAUGGGCCAUUUUCCACUGCCUUGUGUAUUCCGCUCUCUCUCCUGACAAGCUACAUCACCCUGUUCAGACAUACAGUAUCACUGUCUGAGAUGCUUCAGUGCUUAACUUAAUUUAUGAGCCAUGUUUAUUUAUUUUGUCUCGUUCAUUCCCUUUGGUAUUUGAAAAACUGAUAGCAAAAGAGGAAAAUCGUGGUUGACUGAAGUUUUUUACAGACUGUGUUAUGCAAGGUCUUCUUCAUUUUGAUGUUAAUCGUUUGCUGCACUUUUGCUAAAACAUUUGCUGUGAGUGUGGUGCUGUUGUGAUUUGCAAAAUCAGAUAACUAAGGAGCACAUUAAGAUUUUGGGAGCUGUCAGUGCGCGCUGUUCAAAGUGUUUUGGGGGAACUAAAGUUGAUGGUUAUACAAGCAGACAUGCCUUACCAUUUUUAAAAGACAAAUGGAUUGCUUAUUUGGCUUUUGUUACACAUUCUUGUAUACAGAAAAUAAUACAAAGGUAAGAAUAAACAUUUUAUUAGAAAAUGA